CUCUCUGAUCUCGACGAGUAUCUACCACAGAUGAACGAAAUUCAAAGAAAGUGGAUCUAUUUGGAGCCAAUAUUUGGCCGUGGAGCUUUGCCAGCUGAAGCUAGCCGCUUUGCACGUGUUGAUAGUGAAUUCCGUCUCAUACUUAGCGAUACGGUACGUGACCCACGCCUGGUUUCCCUAUGCAAUCGACAGUCGCUAAGAAAAAGUCUCGAGCUCGUCAUUGACCAACUGAACCGCUGUCAAAAGGCGCUAAAUCAGUUUUUAGAGGAGAAACGUUCUGCUUUUCCGAGAUUUUACUUUCUCGGAGAUGAUGAUCUUCUUGAAAUUCUUGGGCAAUCGACGAAUCCCACUGUCAUUCAAUCUCAUUUGAAGAAACUCUUUCAGGUGAGCUCUUUCGUUUUUUUCUUUUUCCUUGGAAUAGAUAAGGUUGUGUUUGGAUCUUAUAAUGAGACAAUUACGGCCAUGCUAUCUGCUCAAGGGGAAGUCGUUCAACUAAACAGACCAGUGCGCGUUGUAGCUCAAGUUGAGGUAGGCUGGCUUGACGAUAAAAAAGAGCUUUAUUAG